UAGAGAGGAAUGCUUUCACUGCGUUUCCUUCCCCAUCUUCCAGAUCCUCUGCAAUCACAGAGCUCCGCCAUGCUGACAACGGGAGAGUCUCUCAAACUAGACUGACUUGGAAAUGUGAACUCGAAGUGCAAUCGUCUGGAGCGCAACUAUCUUUCACCAUUUGCUUCCCUCCAUCUUUAAUUACCCUUCCCUCCAUCUCCGAUUUCCCUUUCCCGCCAUUAGGGGUGUCUAAAAAGCCACGGCGUUCGGAUCCGAGCACCGGUCUUCCCCUGGAGCUGGUCAUCACAACCGACGCAUAUAUAAGCAUCGAAUUAGAUCCGUACCCAAACUCACGCGAUACUUACGGCACCUCCCACACGGCCACACCCUCUCUCUCUCUCUCUCUCUCUCGGCUUUCGAAAUUUCCGACUUCGACUAGAUUUAGAUUUGGAGCCAAGCGUUCACGAAACCUCCACAAAAACAUAAAAACAAUAAAUAAAUAGAAGAACCAAGCGGAGGAGGAGCUGUAUUCUCUCGUUCCAUCAACCCAUCCAAAUUCUCCCCAAAACCUUGGAAUAGAGAAUUAGGGUUUCUUUCUCCCCUCUUUCUUCGUAAUCUCUUUUUCCUUCGUUUUUCUUUCGAAUUCUAAGUUUCUUAGGGUUCUUUUUCUUCUCAAUCUCGUCCCGAAUUUAGGGUUUCUCGUCCUGGAUUUCGGGUCUCUCGUGCCGUUUCUUGAAGGAUGAUAUUUGAGCGGAGUUCGAGAGCCCGAAUGCCGAGCUUGAAGCCCUGCAACGUGGAGGGCGCCUCCGUUUGCGACGACGACGGCGAGGGGACGGGAGAAACCUGCCGGAAGCGGCGGAGGGAGGAUGAUGACUCGUUUCCGGUUAAGAUGAUCGGAGACGUCUCCACUGCCGCCGGGAUAGCGUACGUUGCCGGAGGGUUCCGGCGAGGGGAGGAGCUGAGCAGUGCUGCCGUGGCGUCGUCCUGGUGUACCGAGGUCUCCUGCUCCGGCGAAGCGGAAUCGGGGUCCCGCGAUGGGGGGGAGCCGGCGGCGCGGCCGCCCGUUGUGCGGACAUCAAGGGGGAGGAUCCAGGUGCUUCCUUCCCGGUUCACUGAUUCGGUCCUCAUUGACCCCUGGAAGAAGGAGAAACCCAAGGGGAAGGCGUCAGACUCUGAUUCCCAUGACGUGGGUGGUGUUCUUGCAGAUCAAGAACAGAGCUUGAGCUAUAAAGGCGCCACCUUUGUUACUGUAGAGCCCAAUUCGUUUGCAUUGCUGGAGGAUGAAGACUGUUAUCGGGCGUGCCGAAAUUUAAGUGCCAAGAAGUACUCCAGUUCUCACAGCACGCUUACAUCCCUUAACGAAAGUUUGGUUGGAGUGGAGGAUAAAUAUCAACCUUUAGUACCUUAUGUGGGGAAGCGAGUGGUUGGUCGUUCAGAGCAAGUGGCAGUGGAAUGCAUGCCUCGAAAGGAGAGUGCUGAGCGGAAGGCGGAUGUCUACUGGCUGGAAGAUUUUGUUUUGGGUGAUAUAGUUUGGGCGAAGUCGGGGAAGAAGUACCCUGCUUGGCCUGCUAUGGUUAUUGAUCCAAUGCAGCAAGCUCCCGAAGUAGUGCUGAACUCCUGCAUUCCAGGAGCUCUCUGCGUGAUGUUUUUUGGGUACUCUGGAAAUGGAAAUGAAAGGGAUUAUGCAUGGGUAAAGCAAGGAAUGAUCUUUCCAUUUAUAGACUAUCUAGACAGGUUUCAGGGCCAAACUCAAUUGUACAAGAGCAAGUCUAGCAAUUUUAGGAUGGCUAUCGAGGAGGCUUUCUUAGCUGAGCAUGGUUUCUUUGGAAUUCAGAUGGAUGGGAUGAAUACAGCUGGGCAGCCUGCUUAUAAUCAAUCCGUCCCUGGAUGUCUACAAGAGGCCACUGAUUCGAACCAUGAUCAGGAAUGUCAAUCACAGAUUCAGGCUGUAAAGAAAUCAGGACCUCAUUGCGAAAGUUGUGGGUUGAGUCUUCCUUCUAAAAGUGCAAAGAAAAUGAAACAUGAUUCAGAACAAUUACUAUGUAGACAUUGUGCUAAGCUUCUAAAGUCCAAACAGUAUUGUGGUAUAUGCAAGAAAAUUUGGCAUCACACAGAUGGUGGAAAUUGGGUUUGUUGUGAUGGAUGUCAAGUUUGGGUUCAUGUAGAAUGUGACAAAACAUGCGGUAGCCUGAAGGAUCUGGAAAACACUGAUUACUUUUGCCCUGAUUGCAAGCCAAAGUUUCAUUUUAAAUUAUCUGAUACAGAGAAAAAGCAUUCAACAGUUAGAUGUGAGAGCAGCAGUUUGCAACACAGACUUCCUGAGAAGAUGAUUGUUUGUUGUUGUGGUAUUGAAGGGAUAUAUUUACCAGAGCAGCAUGUGGUUUUAUGUCAGUGUGGCUCAUGCAAGACGAAGAAGUCAACACUUUGUGAGUGGGAACGGCAUACAGGUUCUAGAAGUAAAAAUUGGAAGAUUAGUGUUAAAGUCAAAAGUACAAUGCUGCCACUGGGAAAAUGGAUUGAACAAUAUGGUGGGUCUUCUGCAAACCAUGCUAAAUGCUUACCCCCAAAAGUAAGGAAACAGAAGCUUAUAGCAUUGCUGCAGGAACUAUAUGAUCCAGUGUACGCUAAAUGGACAACAGAACGAUGUGCAGUCUGCAGAUGGGUUGAAGAUUGGGAUUACAAUAAAAUCAUUAUCUGCAACAGAUGCCAAAUAGCUGUCCACCAAGAAUGUUAUGGAGCACGAAAUGUACGAGAUUUCACAUCUUGGGUUUGCAGAGCAUGUGAACUGCCUCUGCAUCAAUGGGAGUGCUGUCUUUGCCCUGUAAAAGGGGGUGCUUUAAAGCCAACAGAUGUUGAUUCUUUAUGGGUCCAUGUUACAUGUGCCUGGUUUCAGCCAGAAGUUUCUUUCUCUAGUGAUGAAACCAUGGAGCCUGCUGUUGGCAUAUUGAACAUUUCUCCACAAUCAUUUACUAAGACAUGUGUGAUAUGUAAGCAGAUGCAUGGUGCCUGCACAAAAUGCUGCAAAUGUUCCACUUAUUAUCAUGCAAUGUGUGCAUCAAGAGCAGGGUAUCGCAUGGAGCUGCACUGCUUAGAAAGAAAUGGGAAACAGAUAACAAAAAUGGUCUCAUAUUGUGCAUACCACAGGGCUCCAAACCCAGAUACUGUCUUGGUUGUGCAGACGCCAGCAGGUGUCUUCUCUACCAAAAAUUUGCUCCAGAAUAGUGAGAAGCAGACAGGUUCCAGACUGAUUAGGAAGGACAUCACCCUGGAUGCUGCCCCACCUACUUCACCUUCUGAAUCUUCAUCUGCUGCAAGGUGCCAGAUUUACAAAAGGACAGAAACUAAGAGAAAACAAGAGGAGGCUAUUGCCCACCAUUUGAUGGGGCCUUGCCACCAUCCUGUGGAUGCAAUUGAAAAUUUGAAUGCACCUAGGGAUGAGAAGGAUCCUAAAUCAUUUUCGACAUUCAGGGAACGCCUUAAAUACUUGCAGUCGACUGAGCAUGGUAGGGUCUGCUUUGGUAAGUCUGGAAUACAUGGAUGGGGGCUCUUUGCCCAUCGGAACAUUCAGGAAGGGGAAAUGGUGGUUGAAUAUCGUGGUGAGCAGGUAAGACGCAGUGUUGCAGAUCUAAGGGAAGCACGUUAUCGGCUGGAAAAAAAGGAUUGUUAUCUUUUUAAAAUCAGUGAAGAAGUGGUGGUUGAUGCUACAGAUAAAGGAAACAUUGCACGUCUAAUUAACCAUUCUUGCAUGCCCAACUGCUAUGCAAGAAUAAUGAGUGUCAGUGACGAUCAGAGCCGGAUUGUACUUAUAGCCAAGAGGAAUGUUUCUGCAGGCGAGGAGUUAACGUACGAUUACUUGUUCGAUCCUGAUGAAGCUGAGGAAUGCAAAGUUCCCUGCCUCUGCAAAGCUCCAAACUGCCGGAAAUAUAUGAAUUAAUUAGUUGUAUAUUUCCAUCUAAUUCUUCGGCAUGGAAGCCAAUAUUACCAUUUAAUUCUUUGACAUGGAAGCCAUUCUUUUGUGAUUGAGGUUUUCCUUUGCUAAAGUUAGAUGAGUCUGUAUUUUAUUUUCAGAUUGUUUAAUAAAUAUCAAGCUCUCUCUCGAGGUUACUGACAUUCAGAAGGGUAUCACCAUUGUAAAUUGCUUUGUACAAACUACAGGAUUAUUAUCAAUGAAGCAUUUCUUCAUUUUUCCUC